AUGUAUGAAUGCUGUGGCCGUUCAUUCGAAGCGAAGAGUCUUCGGCAACACCUCGACAAUAGCUACGCGCAUGCAAACGAAAUUGAAUGCCGCUGGUGCUUCGCUCGAUGGCCCACCCAUGACGGCAAGCUUCGCUUGAAGCAUGAGCAGAAAAAACACUGGUAUCAAUGUGAAGACUGCACCUGCAUAUUCAGCACCAGGAACGGGCUCCAAGAACACAUUGACGAAGAGCAUCCCCCCAAUUACUGCUACGGUUGCCAGCGAUCAUUUCAGAGUCCGAACAACCUGAACCAGCACCUCAAGUCAUCGGUACAUGUCGGAAAGAAUGUCAAAUGUCCCUGGUGUACAAACAAGUUCACCAAUCUGACCGGCGUCUGUCUGCACCUAGAGUCAGGGAACUGCACAUCCGGCAUCACACGCGAGAAGAUCAACCAAUAUUGCCGCGAGGUUGACCCAAGCCACAUCUUCACCAUGAAACAGAUUGGAUGGUAUGAUGCAGGUGCCGCAACUACCGAUAUCGCAAGCCAAGCUUCGUGGGACGGGUCAUUCUACCGGUGCUACUUCUGCACCAAAGGAUUCAACCAGCUAUCGAGCUUAGACCGACAUCUCGCCAGUCCCGUACACGAGCGACCUAUCUAUCAUUGCCCGCGGUGCAAGAGGGAGUACACUGCGCUUAGCGGAUUGGUCAACCAUUUGGAGAGUGAGAGCUGUGGCGCGUUUCGGUUCGGGAGCAAUCCGGCCGGUCUGGGGUUUGUGAGGCAACUGAAAAUCACUCAGUGA